AUGGCAUCAAUGUUGCUUAGUCGGCAGCUGACCUGUUGUCUGAGGCAAAACUCCAGGCUGUUUGCAGUUGGACACAGGUGCAUCAGUCAAGCUGCUGCUAAAAUUGAUGUGGACUUUGAUUAUGAUGGACCUCUAAUGAAGACAGAAGUUCCUGGGCCACGAUCUAGGGAAUUAAUGAAACAACUGAACGGAAUUCAGAAUGCCGAAGCCGUACACUUUUUUUGCAAUUAUGAAGAGAGCCGAGGGAACUACCUAGUAGACGUAGAUGGCAAUCGCAUGCUGGAUCUCUACUCUCAGAUUUCAUCCGUCCCAAUAGGUUAUAGCCAUCCUUCUCUGAUAAAGCUUCUACAGCAGCCACAGAACUUGAGCACCUUUAUCAACAGACCUGCCCUAGGGAUUUUACCUCCAGAGAACUUUGCAGAAAAACUGAAAGAGUCUUUGCUAUCAGUGGCUCCUAAGGGUCUGUCACAGGUUAUCACCAUGUCCUGUGGAUCCUGCUCUAACGAAAAUGCUUUUAAAACAAUAUUUAUCUGGUACAGAAGCAAGGAGAGGGGCCAUAAUAAUGUCACAAAAGAAGAACUGGAAUCUUGCAUGAUUAACCAGGCCCCCGGCUGCCCCGACUACGCCAUGCUCUCCUUCAUGGGUGGCUUCCACGGACGCACCUUGGGUUGCUUAGCUACAACUCAUUCUAAAGCAAUUCACAAAUUAGACAUCCCAUCGCUGGACUGGCCUAUUGCUCCAUUUCCAAGGCUAAAGUAUCCUUUGGAAGACUUUGUGAAAGAGAAUCAACAGGAAGAAGCCCGUUGUUUAGAAGAGGUGGAAGAUCUAAUUGUGAAGUACAGGAAAAAGAAGAAGAUUGUGGCUGGAAUCAUCGUGGAACCAAUACAGUCAGAGGGUGGGGACAACCACGCUUCCGAUGACUUCUUCAGGAAGCUACGGGAUAUUGCCAGGAAGCACGGCUGCGCGUUCCUCGUGGAUGAAGUGCAGACAGGAGGUGGCUGCACAGGAAAGUUCUGGGCACAUGAACAUUGGGGCCUGGAUGAUCCAGCAGAUGUGGUAACGUUUAGUAAGAAGAUGAUGACAGGAGGAUUUUUCCACAAAGAGGAGUUCAGGCCAAACGCU